UUAAUAUCAAAGUCUAUAAUUUGGUAGUUGGGAGUUAUUUUCUUCAGCUACUUCCAUGGAACUACUCCGAUCACCACCUGCUGCUGCUGCUGCUUCUGCUUCCUCCGCCCGAUUCAUCAACCCCUCCGCCUCCCCUCCUCUCUUCAAGCUUCAAUCCAAUUUUAAUUCCCAACCAAAAAUCUCCAUUUUCAAGCACUUGAAGAUUUACCAUGUUAACGCUAUUUGUAGACUUAAACUCAAGCAUUUGCCUCGGGUCUCCGCCAAUGCCAAGGCCUCUUCUCCGCCUCCGCCACCACCUACGCCGCCCACUUCUAGAGCCAACAAUAGGAAGAUCGCCGUCGUGGCCUGCUCCGCGGUUACCGUAGCACUAGCCAUUGCCAAUCGCGUGCUUUACAAGCUCGCCCUUGUUCCCAUGAAGGAAUUCCCUUUUUUUCUCGCGCAGCUAACCACUUUCGGGUAUGUGGUUAUAUAUUUCUCUGUCCUUUACAUGAGAUACCGAGCUGGCAUCGCUACUGAUGAGAUGCUUGCCUCUCCAAAGUUUCCUUUUAUAAUAAUUGGUUUUCUGGAGGCUCUUGGAGUUGUUUCGGGGAUGUAUUCCGGAGCCAUGCUACCUGGACCAGCUAUACCAAUAUUAAAUCAGACAUUUUUGGUAUGGCAGCUGACAUUUUCUGUACUCCUCUUGGGGAGGACUUACACUUUGAACCGACUUGUCGGAUGCUUUCUAGUUGCUGCCGGUGUUGUAUUGGCAGUUACAAGUGGAUCAGAACAUGAUCAAUUGCUCUCUGGAGUUGGAAUCGUGUGGCCAGCAUUAAUGUUAGCUUCAAAUGCAUUUCAAGCAGUUGCUUCUGUUGUCAAGGAAUCUGUUUUUCUUGAUGCUGCAACCCGCCUCAAGGGAAAAGUGCUGGACAUUUUUGUUGUCAAUUCCUUUGGAUCUGGAUUUCAGGCUCUUUUCGUGCUCCUGUGUCUGCCUCUUUUGUCAAACUUGAAGGGUAUCCCAUUUUCUGAACUCCCCUCGUACUUGAGAAGUGGUGCUGCUUGCUUCCUUAAUAUUGGAGCCAAUACAACAGGGUGUGAUGGAGCCCCAAUGCUACCCAUCCUUUACAUAAUAACCAAUAUAGCCUUCAACAUAUCAGUGCUCAAUCUUUUAAAAUAUUCUUCUGCUGUUGUCUCUUCCCUUGCUGUGAUGUCCUCAGUACCAAUUUCGAUCUAUAUUCUUUCCCUUCCAUUGCCAUACCUCCCAGAAGGUGUAAGCUUGAGCCCCUUUUUCGUCUUAGGCAGUGUGGUCCUUAUGGUUGGACUCAUCGUGUACAAUCUUUCCUGGCCUCUCAAGCAGGACUCAGAUAAUUUGUGACAGCAUUUGGACUUGUAUGUGCAUCUUUUCUUUCAUAUCUGUAUUACCUUUUGUCUUGGAGUAGCUUAUUGUGGUUGGUUACGGCAAGAGGACUGUUUAAUGUUAAAGCCCUUGGAUAAGCGCACCGGUUCUCAUCAAAUUCAAGCAUCAACUCUGGCACUUCUACGCCACUGAAUUUUGCACAACCACAUCUGGCGCUUUCAUGCACUUGGGCAUCGGAAGAAAUUCUAGGUGAUUCUCUAGCCAAAUAGUUCCACUUUUAAGGUUUUGAGACUGUUGAUAGUAUUAUGUUCUUUCUAUAUAUGCUUACUAUGUUGGUAAGAACUGAACUCGCAUUAUAUCCAUAUAGUAUGUAUAGUAAUUUUGCAAGAAUAAACGGAAAAAUACUAA